AAAAGAGAAACAGAAGAUUCUAAUAAAAUAAUAAAACUUGAAGAUGAAGAAGAAGAAUAAGAAAAUGAGGGUAAAGAAAGAGAAUAAAGGAAACAAAGAAGAAAAAUUAGCACAUGAUCACUGAAGCAUAGAGAUUACUCUUCAUCUUUAGCAAAAGAGAAAAUGAAGAAUUGCAUUACAAGUCUAUGAUUCACUUUUCUUAUUAUACUCAUACUCAAAACACCACAAAGAAUAUAUAUAUAUAGGGUAGCUCACAUCUGUCACAGAAUAGAGUGUACUUUUUCCCCUUGUCUUUUUUACUGUGAUUGAUUUGAAGAACAGAAUUCUGUUAUGUUCAGUUAUCAGACAAACACUGUAGAAGUAUUCUAAAUCUCAGUUUUCAUCAAUAUAAAUGAAAAAGCUGAUCUAAACAACCAUGUUUAUCAAUUUUAAAAAUUAAAAUUAGAUUACAAAAAAUAACUUAAAAUUGCCAACUUAAUAAACAGAAUUUUGAAAUUCGUGAAUUAUCUCAACUAAAUAAUUACAGUGUCAUGCUAAUGAAACCCAAGAACCGUAAUUCCGGAACCAACUAUGAUAUGUUGUAUAAAGAGAUGAGAAUUUUCCAGUCAUGCAGUGCAAAUAUUAAACAGCCUACAAAUUUGGAUGUAAAAAACUUAUGGGUUGGUGGGUCAUACAGCAAAUUAAUAAGCAAUUAAGCUAAUACAAUAAAUUCCACAGAAAAGCCAGAAAAAGAACAAUCAAAUAUGCUUUUACUUCUUGGUAGCACUACAAGUUUCCUCCAGUGAAAAAAGCCAUAUCUCCCCUCUCUUUUAGCCUACAAAUGGGCUACUCUUACUUCAUUCUUCAUCUUUCUGCUCUCACAAAUGCCUCAAAAGCUCUUCACCCCAUCUUUCAUGGCUUCAUCAUCAUCAUCAUCUUCAUCUCUUCCUCCUCUCCAACUUCUCUUAUUCCUUUCUUUACCUUGUCUUCUUAUCACUUCCACUGCAUCAAAUCAAACUCCUCAGAAAUAUGUAGUUUACAUGGGAAGUUCAUCUAAUGGAAAUGGAGGAGAUGCUAAAAUUGCAGAAUCAGCUCAUUUGCAGAUGCUAUCCUCCAUUAUACCAAGUCAUGAAAGUGAAAGAAUAUCUCUAAUUCAUCAUUAUAAUCAUGCUUUCAAUGGCUUCUCUGCCAUGCUUACACAGAAUGAAGCUUCUGAAUUGUCUGGGGAUGAUAGAGUGGUAUCGGUUUUCAAAGAUCCAACACUUCAACUCCACACCACACGUUCUUGGGAUUUCUUGGAGGGAAGAUCAGAUUCAGGCAUUCGAUCCAGAUCCAGCUACGAAUAUCCUCAUGUUUCAAGUGAUGUAAUUAUUGGGGUGAUUGACACUGGGAUAUGGCCUGAAUCUCCAAGUUUCAGUGACCAUGGGAUAGGACAAAUCCCUUCUAGAUGGAAAGGCAUUUGCAUGGAAGGACAUGACUUCAACAAAUCCAACUGUAACAGGAAGCUGAUAGGAGCAAGAUACUAUGACACUAUCUUGAGAACCUACAAGAACAACAAGACCCAUGUGGCCAAACCAAGAGGCUCACCAAGGGACUAUUUUGGGCAUGGAACCCACACCACAUCAAUAGCAGGUGGGGCUCGAGUGGCUAAUGUAAGUUACUAUGGCCUAGCAGCAGGCACAGCUAGAGGUGGCUCUCCUUCAACUAGAAUAGCAAUCUACAAAGCCUGCACAUUAGAUGGUUGCUCUGGCUCCACCAUCUUGAAGGCAAUAGAUGAUGCAAUUAAAGAUGGAGUUGAUAUACUCUCCAUUUCUAUUGGGAUGAGCUCAAUUUUUCAGUCUGAUUACCUUAAUGACCCUAUAGCAAUUGGUGCAUUUCAUGCACAACAAAUGGGUAUUAUGGUAAUUUGCUCUUGUGGAAAUGAUGGACCUGAUCCUUACACUAUUGUCAACUACGCUCCUUGGAUUUUUACUGUUGCAGCUUCUAAUGUUGAUAGAGAUUUCCAAUCCACUGUCCUCCUUGGAAAUGGGAAGACUCUCAAAGGAUCUGCAAUUAAUUUCCCAAACCUCAAUCGCUCAAGGACUUAUCCUCUGGUGUUUGGAGAGGAUGCUGCUGCUAAAUUUUCCCCUAUUUCAGAUGCAAGGAAUUGCUAUCCAGGAUCAUUAGAUAGAGAGAAAGUUGCUGGGAAGAUUGUGGUUUGCAUAGAUGGUGAUUUUAGAAUUCCUAGGCAAAUCAAGAAAUUAGUUGUAGAAGAUGCCAGAGCCAAAGGGUUGAUUGUGAUCAAUGAGUAUGAGAAAGGUGUACCUUUUGAUUCUGGUGUUUUUCCAUUUGUAGAAGUUGGCAAUAUUGAAGGGGCUCAGCUCCUUCAUUACAUCAAUUCUACCAAAAAUCCAACUGCAACAAUUCUUCCAACAGUUGAUGUUCCAUUGUAUAAACCAGCACCAGUUGUUGCAUAUUUUUCUUCCAGGGGCCCUGGACAGCUGACAGAAAACAUUCUGAAGCCAGAUAUAAUGGCUCCAGGAGUUGCCAUUUUGGCUGCCAUGAUUACUAACAAUGAAUCAGGAAGUGUUCCAAUUGGAAAGAAGCCAUCAGGAUAUGCAAUAAAGUCUGGGACGUCAAUGGCUUGUCCUCAUGUAGCAGGAGCUGCUGCAUUCAUCAAAUCAAUUCAUCGACACUGGAGUUCUUCGAUGAUCAAAUCUGCUCUUAUGACAACAGCAACUGUCUAUAACAACAUGGGGAAACCCUUGACAAACAGCUCAAAUUCAAGUUCAAAUCCACAUGAGAUGGGGGUUGGAGAAAUAAACCCAAUAAAAGCUCUUAAUCCAGGAUUAGUUUUCGAAACACUGGCAGAAGAUUAUCUUCAAUUCCUGUGUUAUUUUGGCUAUUCAGAGAAGAACAUAAGAUCCAUGGCCAACAAAAACUUCAACUGCCCAAGAAUCAGCCUUGACAAGCUAAUCUCCAAUAUUAAUUACCCAUCAAUCUCCAUUAGCAAACUUGAUAAACACCAAGCUGCACAGACUAUAAAAAGAACUGUAACAAAUGUGGGAUCCCCAAAUGCCACAUAUAUAGCUAGAGUGCAAGCCCCAGAAGGACUAGUUGUGAAGGUGUUACCAAAGAAGCUGGUUUUCAAGGAGGGGUUACCAAGAAUCUCUUUCAAGGUCUACUUUAAUGGCAUAAUGGCUCACAGUGGAUACAAUUUUGGGUCUGUGACAUGGAUUGAUGGUAGACUUUCUGUUCAUCUAGUGUUUGCAGUAAAUGUUGAAUAGGAACAACACAGAAGUGAGAGUUGAGAAGAAAGUAAUAUACAAUUUCGAUUCAUGCAUUGCUUUUAUUCUUUUCUUUUCUAAAAAAAAAAGUGAAAAUAGAGAAGGAUGGAGGACUGUUAGUCUAGUUGAGAUUGUAGUUGGAAACUAGUUAGAAAUAUUUUGUAUUUUUGUUAAGUUUUAUCCUUUGGUUAUUGCACUCUGGUUCUGUUAAACCUGCUUUAUCAGAAACUCUGUUUCUGAAAUCAGAAUCCCAGAUUUGAUGGGAUUAUGUUUUUUAAUGUUAGAAAUGUUAGAUGCUAAGAUGGACACUUUUGACUUGUAAAAACUUUCUAUAAAAGCUUCCUUUUGUAACUUCUC